AUGGAGAACACGGACGUAGGCCAUUUGAAGCAGAUCCUGGGGCUGCAGCAUGGGAAGAACUAUGAGAGCGUGAAGGCUCUUAGAUACGGGCACCUCAUGAUCAUGACUGACCAGGUGAGACCUCACGAUGGCGCAAAGAGGAAUGCUGUUGAGCGUGAGGGAUGCAUCACACCGGCAGAUGAUGGAGACACAGAAAUAGGCCAUCUGAAGCAGAUCCUGGGGCUGCAGCAUGGGAAGAACUACGAGAGCGUGAAGCCACUGCGAUACGGACACCUCAUGAUCAUGACCGACCAGGUUAAUGGUGUGAUUCCAGAGAUGGCGGUAGGGAAAUGUGGCAGGGGAAGGUGGACCAUGACAGGUCCCACAUCAAGGGUCUUCUCAUCAACCUCCUGCACUCCUGCUGGCCGUCCCUACUCAAGCACCCCUCCUUCCUCCGCGGAUUCAUCACCACUCGCACCCAUCCACCCCUUCUCCUUUUCGUUCCACUCCACCCAUUUGAUCCACCAGGACCACGACGGGUCCCACAUCAAGGGACUUCUUAUAAACCUUCUGCACUCCUGCUGGCCCUCCCUGCUCAAGCACCCCUCCUUCCUGCGCGAGUUCAUCACCCCAAUCGUCAAAGCCACCGGCCCCAGGGGCCGCACCCUCGCCUUCUACACCAUACCUGAGUACGAGGCUUGGAAACGGACCUUAGGCUCGGACGCGAGGCAGUGGAAGGUGAAGUACUACAAGGGUCUGGGCACGAGCACGCCCAAGGAGGCCAAGGAGUAUUUUGCGCAGCUGGACCGGCAUCGCAAGGACUUUGAGUGGCAAGGGGAGGGCGACGGGGAGCGGAUCGAGAUGGCGUUUAGUAAGAAGGCUGUGGAUGCAAGAAAGCAGUGGCUGCGCUCCUAUGAGCCCGGCACGUACCUGGACCAGACGGCGCAGCGCAUCAGCUACAGCGACUUUGUGGACAAGGAGCUCAUCCUCUACUCGCUCGCUGACAACAUGCGCUCCAUCCCCUCCGUUGUCGAUGGGCUGAAGCCGGGCCAGCGCAAGAUCCUGUUCUCAUGCUUCAAGCGCAAACUGCAUUCAGACAUCAAGCUCAUCCUCUACUCCAUUGCUGACAACAUGCUCUCCAUCCCCUCCGUCAUUGAUGGGCUCAAGCGAGGGCAGAGGAAGAUUCUCUUCUCGUGCUUCACACGCAAGCUGCACUCAGAUAUCAAGGACUUUGUGGGCAGCAACAACGUCAACCUGCUCGUACCCUCGGGGCAGUUCGGCACUCGCUUGCAGGGUGGCAAGGACGCGGCGAGCCCCAGGUACAUCUACACGCGUCUGCACAGGCUGACACGUGUCAUCUUCCCAGUGGCUGACGAUGCACUGCUGGAGUACCUGGAUGACGACGGGCAGAGGAUCGAACCCAAGUGGUAUGUGCCUAUCCUGCCCAUGGUGCUGAUCAACGGGAGCGAAGGCAUAGGCACAGGGUGGAGCUCGUACGUGCCGACGUUCAACCCGCGGGAUGUGGUGGAAAACCUCAAAAGGCGCAUGAGAGGCGAACCCAUGCUGCCCGUGCACCCCUGGUUCCGUGGCUUCAAGGGCUCCAUCCAGCUGACGUCAGCGAGGCAGGGGGGAGGCAAUUCCUACACCGUGACAGGUGUCGCGUCGCGAUUGGCCGCCGCUGGCGGGCGCAAGGGCGAGAAGCAGCCGCAGCAGCAGGGAGUGACAGGUGUUGCGAUCACAGAGCUUCCCGUCCGCACGUGGACCCAGAACUACAAGGAGUUUCUAGAAGGGAUGAUGGGAGGAGCGGGUGGUCAUGGUGGUGGGGAGGGAGGGGGUAAGGUGGCUUUGAUUAAGGAUAUGAGGGAGUAUCAUACUGAUACAUCGGUUCAUUUUGAGUUAUCGAGGACUUCUACAGCAUCCGCCUGGGUCAUUGAAGACUUCUAUGGCAUCCGCCUGGGGUACUACGAGCAGAGGAAGCAGCACCAGCUGGCUCAGCUGCGGCACGAGCUGCUGCGCCUCGACAACCGCGCUCGGUUCGUGCGGGCGGUGAUUCAGGGCGACGUGGUGAUCACCAACAGGAAGCAGGCGGACAUCGUGGCACAGCUCAAGGCCCGUGGCUUCACCCCUCUCCCCAAGGGUCACGCUGCUGCCCCUGUGGUGGUUGGUGACGUGGACCCAGGCAGCACUGACGUCAGCGCGGAUGGGGAUGACGUGGAGUUGGAGAGGGAGAGGAGAGGCAAGGAGGAGGAGGUGGUGGUGCUGCAGGCCACGUCGCCCCUGCAGCUGUGGGAUAGAGAUUUGGACUUGUUCCUGGAGACCCUUGAGGAGGUGGUGGUGCUGCAGGCCACGUCGCCCCUGCAGCUGUGGGAUAGAGAUUUGGACUUGUUCCUGGAGACCCUUGAGGAGGUGGAGACAGAGGCGGCUGAAGAGGAGAGGGAGAGGGAACGAGCAGCUAAUCAGCACAAGGCACGUGGCAGGAACGCAGCAGGGAGGAAGGGCGGCAAGCAGCAAGCAGGAGGGGCGAGCAGGGGGAAGAAGGCGGGGGUAACUGGGGGAGGGGGGACCGGGGGAGGGGGAGGAGGAGGGGGCAGGGGGAAGGCAAAGGGGGCAGUUGGAGAAACAGGGAUUGGGGAUGGGGGAAGGCAGGGAGGGGACAGGGCGCAGGGUGGUGUGGGGUUUGGGGAGGAGGAGAAGCAGGGGAAGCAGAAGGCCAAGCAGCAGACAUUGCUGGGGACCAUGUGGGCUAAAGGCAGGGGUGCAGCGCUAAUGGAUAUGCCAACACCAAGGCAGUCCACUCCCCGCCACUCCUCCCGCCUCACCCGCACCCAAGCAGCAGCAGCAGCACCACCACCACCACCAGCAGCAGCAGCACCACCACCACCAGCAGCAGCAGCAGCAGCAGCAGCAGCAGCAGCUGCUCCUGAUGCUGCCUCUCCGCAGCAGUCGAAGGAGCAGGCAGGCACGGAGGCAGAGGAAGACCUAGAGAUGUCAGGAGGGCAGGGAGAAGGAGGAGGGGAGCGGGGGGAUGUGGAUGUAAAUCCGUCACCGCCCUUCCCACCGCCAUCGCCAGCAGCAGCAGCUGGCAUGCGAGAGUCGCCUCCUGUGAUUGACAUGACAUCCUCGGAGGAAGAGGGUGUGGGGGGGUUCGGCUUGCAGGCGGGUGGGGGGCUUCGUCUGGGUGACUCGGUUUCAGAUGCAGGCGACACUAGCAAUGGCGACGCAAGUCAUGGCAACGCUAGCAACGGAUCGAAUAGUCCAACCACACCUGUCCCAGCCACCCCACUCCCAUCCCGCCGUUCUGCUCGUGCUGUUGCCUCUGCAACGCCUUCUAGUGCAGCAGCAACACCAACAGCAGCAGCAGCAGCAGCAGCACCAGCAGCAGCAGAGACGAGCAGCACGAGCAACACCAGCAGCAGCAGCACCAACACCUACUGCAACCCCUGUGCCUGUGGUACCCUUGGGGCCUGCUGA